AUGGCUGGCACAUCUAACACAGCUGGUAUCCCUACACCUUUAGCUGAAGGACACUCUAUCACUAGACCACCUUUGUUUAAUGGUUCUAAUUAUUCUUUUUGGAAAGUGAGGAUGAGAAACUUUAUUCAAUCUGUUGAUAUUGAAGCAUGGCAAAGAAUUGUUAAACGUCCUGAAAUUCCAUUAGAAUUGCAUGCUGAUGGUUGUGCAUCUGCAAAAGAAAUGUGGGAUAAACUUGAAGUCACAUAUGAAGGGACUAAUCAAGUGAAGGAAUCAAAAGUAAAUAGGCUUGUUCGGGAAUAUGAACUAUUUGAGAUGAAACCUAGAGAAACAAUUUCAGAAAUGAGCACAAGAUUUACUGAUCUGGUGAAUGUUCUCAAAGCUCUUGAAAAAGAAUUCACUAAAGAAGAGUUAGUCAAGAAAGUCUUGAGGUCACUACCUAAAUCAUGGGAAACAAAGGUUACAGUGAUCUUUGACACCAAAGAUUUCUCCAAAUUCACUUAUGAUGAGCUGAUUGGUUCUCUUAUUGCUCAUGAAAUGUUUUAUGACAAGAGCAAGAGCAAUGUAGGUGAUGAAAAGAAAAAGAGAGGAAUUGCCUUAAAGUCAAGCCAAGAGGAUGAAUUAAGGAAAACUAUAGCUUUUAAGGCUGCCUCAAGUGACAGCUCCAAUUGUUCAAGUGAUGAAGAUGAUCUUGCCAUGAUUACAAGAAGAUUCAAGAAAGCAUUCAAAAAGAGAGGUGAAACAAGCAAAGAUCAAAGUGAGAUUAAACGCUUUGAAUGCAACAAACCUGGUCACAUCAAGCCAAAUUGUCCUAAACUGAGAAAGAAGAAUUCAAAGGACAAGAGCAAGAAAGCCUUGGUUGCUGGUUGGAUGGAUAGUGAUGAUUCCUCAAGUGAUAACUCUAGUGACAAGGAGGUUGCACACAUUUGUCUCAUGGCUCUAGAAGAGGAUAAACCAGAAAGUUCCCAACAAAGAGAAAUCAACGCUGAGGUAAAUAAUUCUGACUCUCUUAGUAUUGAGGAUUAUGAAGAAGCAUUUGCCAAAUUAUAUGAAGAAUACAAAGUUUAUAAGAAAAAAUGUUCUGCUUUAAAUAAAGAAAUUGCUUCCUUAAGAGCUAAAAAUGAUUCUAUGAGCAUUGUUGUACAAGAAAAUAAAUUUUAUAAAAAUCAAAUGCUCUUGUUUGAUGAGCUGAAUAAGGAGUUAGAAGAUUCAAAAAUUGCUUGUGAAAAACUCAUUGAGAAAAACAGGAUUUUAGAAACUAAGGUGGAAUCUUUGACAAAUGAUUUAGCUAAAUUCACAAAUGGCACACAAAUUCUUGAUACGUUACUUGGUUCUCAAAGAUUAUCAAAUCAAAAAUCUGGUCUUGGUUAUGAUGGAUUCAUGCACUAUGGAAAAUACAAAAAUUUCUUUGUAUAUCUUAGAAGCAAGCAAGAGUGUGAACAAUGGUAUGUUGAUAGUGCUUGUUCAAGACACAUGACUGGAGACAAAGAAAAAUUUUCAAACCUCACCUUGAAAAGUGGUGGACAUGUGAGAUUUGGGGACAAAGGCAAAGCUUACAUCAUUGGAAGUGGCUCUAUUGGGAAAAAUCCAAGCAUAAAUGAUGUCGCAUUAGUUGAAAGUUUGAAAUUCAAUCUCCUUAGUAAAGAUAAUCUCAAAAAGUUUGAUGUAAAAUCAGAUGAAAGUAUUUUUCUAGGAUAUUCAAUGCAUAGCAAAGCUUAUCGAUUCUUUAAUAGGAGAACUUUGUUAGUUGAGGAAACCAUUCAUGUUAUAUUUGAUGAAACUAACAACUUCUUGGAAAGAAAGAUUGUUUGUGAUGAUGAUGAACUAAGUGAAAUUUUUGGAAGAAAAAAGGAUGAGACUCAAAAGUAA